AUGCCCCGCAGAGCGUUCAUCGCCGAUCUACAGCAGAUUUCGAAAGAGGACCUAGGAUCAAACGUGUCUAACAUCAAAGCUGGUGAAGAUGAUGGACAAGUCUCAUUCAUUUAUAUGCAUCGAGGCAGCCCGACAGAGGUCAUUGCUCUCGUUCCAGACCUUGGAGACUACCCCGAGUCUCACAGCUACAUGUUCUUCACCAAAUCCGACCAAGUAGACCCUUCAAUCCAAGAAGCGGUUCACUCAAUGCCUGACUACAGCACAAUGAGGAUCUCAGAUAUGCUGACCAAGGUAAUCAAAUCCUUGGAUAAGGCUACCGGUAAUCCCAAGGACUCUACGAUUGAUAGAAUGGCUGUCGACUCGGACUCGGGAGACGAGCUGGAAGACGAAGAGAGCCCUCAAGAGUACGACUCUGACGACGAAGCUUGGUCAACGAAGCCUGCAAACGCACGAUCAUCUACAAGUGGCAAGGGAUACUUCAGAGCCAAUGAGGACCAAAAAACUCAGAAAGCACGGCUUCGGCAUGACCUUCGACUGGCCAAAGAAGCCGGUUUUCGGGUUUCUGUUGUUGGGAGCCUUGUGCACGGUGGCCGCGACGGAGUCGUAGAACUAUCGAUACGCGUUGCAAAGCUUGGUAUCUCAGAAGAGGCCCUUGACGCAUGGAAUAUGCAUCCAUCACAAUAUCUCGUGCUCCUCAUAAGGUACUUAUCAGGCUAUCAGUGUUUUGAAGAGCUGACUGGCAGUCGUCCUUCCAACAUGCAGAUUCGGGUUGGUCUCUGUGCGAAGUACAAAGUCGGCAUGGACGAAGCCUUGGGAGCAUUUGUUCGCCUCGACGAAAAAGACAAAGACAAAUAUCAGGGCAAGAAUCCUGAUCAUAAGAGCGCAACUGGGAGUGCGCUCGAACGCAUCUUCAUUGAACGCCCUCUCGAAGAGCUGCUCAACGAGCGCCUACUGCUCCUACUCCAAUAUCGUCUGGCGCUGGGCCUUCCCUGGAUCGGAGCUGAGGAAUUCCUGAAUGAUCAUCAAGGGCGCAAUCUCGAAAGCAACGCUCCAGACCCGAAAUACUGGAAAGAGGAAAGUCUCAAACCUAGUAUCGCAACACACGACCAUCUUCGUGAUCUUGAUAGACAAAAGUCGUUUCCCUUAAUCAGCAUGCAGUACGCUUUACGCCAUCUUGUACGCUGUACUGAAUUUUGCUUGGUCUGCCACUGUAAGGUCGAGGAGGAUUUCGAGGCUCUUAAGCCAUACGUCUGCUCGAAACCGCUCUGCCUUUACCAGUACAUGAGUCUUGGUUUUGGUCCAAGCAUCGAACACGAAAUAUUGACGCAACCGCAUGUCGUAGACCUCCUCAUCAGCUUCUGCUACGCCAGCGCCCACUGUCGAAAGCUGCGAUAUUUACCCACCGGUAUGGCAUUAACGGUGCCUACUCUAUCUACGUUGGAUUACACAAAGAUCGUCACCAACAAAACCACAUAUAAUUCGUAUCUCACUGCCAAAUUUGACCGCCAAAAACUGGAACUCCUUUUCCCACCUGGCAGCAAAGUUCCCCUUCAAGUCGGUAGUUGGAUCACCAUGGUCGCUCUGGAUGGGAGCUCGAACAAGUGGCAUUGCCGUGUGAUCGAGAGCACUCCCCCAGUCGUUCGCCUUGGCGAACUUGUCACACCUCUGAAGGUAAGCUUCAAUAGUACCGCCUCAGGUUACACCUCAACGCCAGAUCGCCCGAGUACCCCUCAGCCAAAUGUGAAAGAAAGCACCCCACCUGUUACGGCCGAAGAAGCCUUCCGGAGCUCAUAUCAAGACAUUGGCUUUUACAUUUAUAACAAAAACUUUGAUGACCUGGUUAGUGAGGAAAAAUAUGCGACCAUCUGUAUGCUUCUAGAUACUCUGCCGAGCUUACCAGAGAUGCAUAAAUACCUGCUCAGCCGAGGAUCUCAGGAAUUGAGCCUUCGCCACUGGGCAGAUAGGAUUUCUCCGGCAUCUCUUGGUUUGCUUCGGUGGAUUAUUGCCUCUAACCGAUCCUGUAUCGUCCAAGUCGACAAUCUUGAAGGUACCACUCGCAAGUCGGAAGCUCGAGUAUCUGGCAUGCCCGGGUGGAUGCAAUUUCGCUUCGCUCAAGGUGCCCCAGAUAAAGAGCAGCGUUUCAUCACAUCUAUACGAGAGACCACCCCUACGGCUACGCAUCCUACGAGGUUCGCCUGGCAUGGCAGUCCAUUGUACAAUUGGCAUGGGAUAGUUCGGGAGGGACUUCACUUCAAUGAGAUUUCCCACGGUCGCGCUUAUGGCAAUGGUGUCUAUCAUGCCAUGGAUGUCCACACUAGUUGUGGCUAUUCCGGGCAUCAUCUCCAUCCUAAUGUGUAUCAGGGCGGACCUUACAAAUGGCCUCCUAGUCAACUAAAUGUUUCCAGUGCGGUUGCGUUGAAUGAGAUUGUCAAUGCGCCACAACAGUUUGUGAGCAGUCAACCCUACUUGGUGGUUGCUCAGCUUGACUGGAUCCAAUCUCGAUAUCUGUUCGUGAAGUGCAACGUCGAUGGAUGGCAGAUUCCAGAUACUGAACCCUCUGAAAUCUACUCACUUGAUCCAAUGGCCACUCCUAGGGGACAAAAUGGCACCCCUUUGGUCCUACCUUUGAAUGCUGUCAGUAAGGCGCGAAGGCCAACAACUGCACCAAAAACGCCCAAGUCGGUCAAGACUGGAAUUAAAAAAGCAAAGUUGAAUCAAGCGAAUCCUGCUGAAGAAGCUGUCAUCGACAUCAGCGACGAUACAGAUGUCGAGGAUCUUGCUAUCUUCCUUUCCGAUAUCGAGGAAAUUCCUCAGCCCACCACAACCAAAGGGAAGACGCCUGCAAAGUCUGCCAAGAAACCAUUGCAUGAUCCAGAGAAGAUGACUUUCGCACCUGGCACCCUAGAUAUCAAAUCAUUAGUACUGCUGGAGCCACCUUCGUAUGCGACAUCUAUGGCUACCAAAGCUCUCCAGCGUGAAUUGCAAGCCACUCUCAAGGUUCAAGAUUCACACCCUAUUCAUGAGCUAGGGUGGUAUAUCAACUCCGAACUUAUCUCCAACGUAUAUCAAUGGAUUGUCGAGCUACACUCUUUCGAGAACAAGCUCCCACUUGCGCAAGACAUGAAGAAGCAAGAUGUUCAGAGCGUUGUGCUGGAAGUUCGCUUCGGUGCUCAAUAUCCCAUGAGCCCGCCCUUCGUCCGCGUGAUCCGCCCUCGAUUCCUAGGCUUCCAGCAGGGCGGCGGAGGACAUAUCACCAUGGGUGGAGCCCUUUGUAUGGAACUUCUCACCAAUUCCGGAUGGAGUGCCGUAUCGAGCAUCGAGUCCGUUCUGUUACAGGUACGCCUAGCGGUGGAAUCCAUAGACCCUAAGCCUGCUCGUCUUAGCGGAGCUAGAGGCGAUUAUGGGGUAGGUGAGGCAGUCGAGGCUUAUAUCCGCGCUGCGACGGCUCAUGGAUGGGAAGUGCCUCGCGAUUUUAAGUCGAGCUAUAUGGGUGGUGAGACUUCUCGGAACAAUGUCCCAAUCUAA